AUGUCACCAAGGGCAGCUAAAAGCAAAACACGCAAAUCACCUAAUCCAUUGUUUGAAAAAUGGAUUUCAGAAUGGUUAAAAGAAGCUACUGAAAAAGGUCUUGAAGUCCGUCAUGGUUAUCAACGCGCAUUGAGUUCAUUACGAAAAUGUCCAUUGCCAUUUAAAAGUGGAAAAGAAUGUUUAAUCCUAAAAUUUUUUGGUCCAAAAUUAUGUGCCAGAUUAGACAAGCAGCUUGAACUACAUAAUAAAACAUCUUCAGGUUCAGAUGAAGGUAUUAUGGCUGACAUUUCUAAAAAUACAAAACUUGUCAAUGUCUUACAACCCUCAACAAGUAAUCAAAGUCAGAAUUCAAUAAUAUCUCUGACUCACGAUGAUUUGCCUAGAAACAAUCCUGCCAUUACAGAGAAAGAAAAGAUUGUUUUAUGGCCAAAUGAAUUUACUGUCAUGCUGCUUAUUGAUACAGGCGAAUCAAGUAGUUUACGAAAAACCAACGUGGACAAAGUAAUUUCAGAAUUGUCAUCUUUAAAUGUGACUUUCGAAAUGAGACGAUUGAGUGUCGGAGAUUUUGCUUGGAUUUGUCGUGACAGAAGUGGAAAAGAACUUAUGUUACCAUAUAUACUAGAACGAAAAAGAUUAGAUGAUCUAUCAGGUAGCAUUCAAGAUGGUCGUUUUCACGAGCAGAAAUUUAGAUUAAAACAAUGUGGACUUGAAAACAAAAUCUAUCUAGUUGAGGAUGAAAAAAAAUAUCAUGGAUUACCUAUAUCUCAUUUACAACAAGCGUUGGCAAACACGGAGGUCAUAGAUGGAUUUACAAUUGUAAGAACAGAAAAUCAUUUGGAAUCUAUGAAAUAUAUUGCCAACUUCUCUAAUAUACUUACAAAUAUGUUCAAGGACAAAAUGCUUACAACGCAUAUUGAUGAAGUAGAUUCGGGUUAUGGAAACUCCUCAAACGUAGUAAAACUCAUAUCUUUUAAAACUUUUUCGUCAGGUUCUGCAAAGAACAAGAACAUGACUGUACGAGAUAUGCUGAUUCGGCAAUUACUUCAGAUCCGAGGAUUGUCUGUUCAUAAAGCAUUUGCAAUUGUUGAUCAAUACCCUAGUCCAAAAUUACUUGUAAACGCAUUUAGAAGAUCAGAUAAUCCAUUAUUAUUGGCAAAUAUAUCCUACGGUAUACCAAUCAAAACUAUUGGGCCAGCCAUCAGCAAGACAUUGUUUCAAAUAUACUCUGCAAAAUAA